AUGGAGGGUGACCUAGAGAACAGGGUGAACCACUUCUAUGAAGUGGUGAGGCGGGAAAUCCUAAAUUUCUUCACGGAGAAGAAAGACAAUAACCAAUACCUCAGUUAUGCACGGAUACAACUCCUCAUACAAGAUUUAAUGGACUACCUAAAUCAUGGAGCAUUCUAUACCUUCACCAAAGCAUGCCCAGGAGAGGGCAACACGAUGUACUUCCAAGAUCCCAAGCUUUUCUCAUUUUCAGUGCUCCCACAGAAGCUAAAUCGAAAUAUCUUACAGCUUUGCCAGAAGUGCACAUUGCUUCACGCGGAAUUGUUCGAUAACAUCGUUUGCGAUAUGCCUUUCUUAUUAGGCCUCUUCGAAGGGAUAAAAAAUUAUGACGAGUUCUGUGGAAGGCUCAUUGGUAUUUGCGAGAGAGUCUACUUAAGUAAGGAGGAGGGUCGAGGGCGAGACAUAAAAAACGACAUACGUUGCGUUAUUGGUAGAUCGGAUUAUAUGUUGGAUAGCAGACAAAACGCGCAAGACGAACGAAACGGUCAGGAUGAACAUGAUGGAAAAAACGAAGAAAAUGGGCAGAGUCGUCAAGUGAAGCAAAUAGAGUAUAACACCAUUUCGGUGGCAUUUGGCAACUUGUCGACUGUGCUUUUCGAGGCACACAAGAAUAUGCUGAGGCAUGUUUACCGAGAGUGUUUCUCCCUGGAAGGGAAAUCGCAAGGACAACGUGAGGGAGCUGGAGGACAGUCGGAUAUGGAUGUGAGCUCCAUCCUGGAGGAGAAAUUUAAAAAUAACUUCCUCGAUGGGAUAGUCACGUGCUUGAAGAAAUGCCACGAAGCUUAUCUAACCGAAACAAAACCAUUGCAAGGACACAAUAAAACAAUCAUCCUUUCCAUCCUACAUGAUGAUGACCUUAACCGUUUCGAUAAAUAUAAAACCAAAUAUGAAUUAAAUAAAAUGGAUAUAACUUUCAAGUUCCUAACUCUAAAGGAGUUAGAACUUCUUUAUGAAAAAAAAAAAAUUUUUUUAAAUUAUCCAAAUGAAACGUUAGAAGAGACAUUAAAAAGGGUGAAGGAGUGUCAAGACGAUCUUCACAAAGGCGAGUAUGCUCCAGGGAAACUCCUCCUAGAUUUGAAUACGGAAGAGUAUCACCCAUAUGGAGAGGAGUUCUCGGAUUAUAAGCAACAUGUGUUUGAAAUCAGUGUGAUAUACUUUAGAUCAUUGUAUUCACCAGACCAUUUUAAUGAAAUAAUUUGGCAAGUUAGGGAGUUAUUCGAAUUUAGUGAUGCUGUAAAAAUACCAUCCUUACCAUAUCAGCUCGUAGGAUCCAAACGAAUUCAAAUGAUCCUCCUGGAUGAGUCCAUCCUAAAACGCUAUCUUUCUGUAGACCUAAACAAGAUGAAAAAAUCAGACAAGCAAAUAGAUCACGACAUGAAGCUCUUACAGAAAACAUUCGCUCUGCAGGUGGAUCCAUCGCUGAGUCAAAAUGAGCACAUCGUUUCUCAUGCCAUUAAGGAGGAACACAAUUAUUUGCUUAAACCACAGAGGGAGGGAGGAAAGAACAAUUUACACGGUAGAGAUAUGCAGGAAAAACUUAUGCUUUACUAUAAACCGGAGGAACGGGAUAAGCUUUCUUUUUAUGUUCUCAUGCAGAAGUUAUUUCCUACUCCAUUUAUUGCAGUACAUUGCAGGACGAAGCUCUGCCCAAUUGGGGAGGGUACUGAUGAUUCAUCAUCCCAUACUAAGAAGGGAGAAGUGGGAGGAAAAUUGUCGUGCGUUCAAUGUGGAAGCAAAUCUUAUGCUGUUGAAUUUUCUCCAGAACAAUCUAUAUCGGAAAUUAGUCUCUUUCAUAAUUUUUUGUUUUGUAAAAAUGUGAACGUGCUGAAUGAACAGAAGGGAUACCUCGUGCGGACGAAGAACUACAGGGAGAACGAGGGGGGUGCCAUUUCCGGCAUCUCCAGCUUGGACUCCUUCUUCUUGGUGUGA